UCCUUUUUCCGUACUCUACUAUGCACCCUGUAAAAUUAUAUGUAUACGAUCUCAGCAAUGGGAUGGCGAGGCAGCUCUCGCGCCAGCUAACUGGCAAACAAAUUGACGGCAUCUGGCAUACCUCGAUUGUAGUCUUUGACAGAGAAGUAUUCUACGGCCAGGGCAUAAACACGACUGCGCCUGGCCAAUCGCAUCACGGUUCACCCUUGCACAUCAUAGAUCUUGGCGAGACUGACAUAGAUGAAGACACCUUCGGGGAAUACAUAAAAGACUUGCGUGAUCAUUACACCGCGGAUAAAUACCAUCUCCUAGAUUUUAAUUGCAACUCGUUUACCAACGAUGUCGCGGGCUUCCUCACUGGGAGUUCCAUUCCUGACUGGAUCAAAGAUCUGCCAACGGACUUCCUUUCCACUCCGUUCGGACAAGCCCUUCGGCCCACCAUCGAUUCCAUGUACCAUCGUCCCACGCCCAGUGCUACACCUGCUCCCACUCCGCUUACUUCGGGCCAAGCACCUGACCCGGCUCUCGCUGCAUCGAUUCUUCAGUCAGUCGCGGAACAAGCUCAGCGUAACGUGGGUUCUUCAACUACCCGAGCUCCGAUGUCCCUUCCUGCCACAGAAUCCCUAGCAGCCCCGCUGCAUCAAUGUACCAACUCGGCGUCGUUCCAUAAUCUGCUUCGCACCCACCGAGCCGUCGUAGCAAAUUUCUCCAAUGUGGCUACCUGCAUGCCAUGUCGUAUGAUAGCCCCAAUCUAUGAGGAUCUCGCCAGAAACAAGGGUGUGUCGGUGGGUAAUCAUGGUGUCGGUGCUGCCUUCAUCAAGAUAGAUAUGAGUACGCCGAUGGGGAACCAACUAGCGUCAGAAUGGAGCGUCAGAGUGAUGCCGACCUUCAUGUUUUUCUUGAACAGCAAGAAGAUACAUGAAAUGAGGGGCGCAGAUGAGAAAGAGCUUAGAGCGCAAAUUGAUUUGCUUAUUUUCCAAGCAUAUCCUCCACAUCCUCAUACAUCGCUCUCGCUUCCUAGUUUUCAGGCACUGUCCCUGAAUCCUAUCUUAUUCACACAAGCUCCUUCCUUGGAUACCGUCAGCAAUAAAUUCGCAUCUUUCAUUGACGCCGCACCUUGGCCAUCCGACUCGCCACAAUCACAAGCGCAAGUAAAGGCUUCAAUUACGGGCACAAUAGUACCGUACCUCAAGUCUAGAUUUGCAUCAAAGGCCACCACAGCUGGCAAAUCACCUCUCCCAUCUGCUACGCCGGUCUUGAUCAGCAUGUGGGCAACAAUAACAGCAGCUUUGGCAACCAUCUUGGCCCCCGAAUCACUCUUCCCACUAGCUGAUAUGUGGCGCCUUGGCUUCCUCGAUCCAGCUGUUGGGACCUGGUGCGCAACGAAUCCCCUUGACCCCAUUACCAUACUUUUAUCAAAAGUCACAAACUCGUCCCCGCGUAAUUACACGCUGACGGUGAUACGCAUGCUUUCAAAUGCUUUCUCCACGCCUCUUCUCGCACAGAGAUUACUGAUCGGCGCUAGCAAGGCCAGCCUCACGGCUUUCCUGAUACCGUCGUUGCUGCAUGAAGAUGCAACGGUACGGACUUCUGCCGCGAGCCUGGCCUUUAAUGCUUCCGCCUUUGUGCAGAAGGGUCGAGUCGAUAAGGUGAGAAACGGUGGCAGGACAUCGGCGGAGGACGAGGAUGAAGAUUGGGAGGUAGAGAUGGUCAGCGCGAUCAUCGAGGCAGUAGGAAGGGAAAAGGAAAAUGAGGAUGUUGUGCAUCGGCUUACCGCAUCCCUGGCGUGUUUGUUACGAGUUUCCCCGUUCUAUGAAAAUCAGCUGGUUCCAUUACUUGAAGUUCUUCAGGCUCGUGAUGUCCUCAAGAGCAAGCUCGAAAAGGCAGGCUGUGGGCCAGACGGUGUGAAGAAGCCAGAGGUCCGUAAAUUGGUUGAAGAAGUAGCCAUGAAGUUGUGCCCGUAGAAUGAACUUCCAUAGUAGAAAUGUAAAGUAGAGGUGUAAAGAAGUAUACAGCCAAUACUAUACAGUCCUUACGCGGAAGAAUAGGAGAUUUACAGGUUCAAGCACGCUAAACGCGGUAACUGCGGACCUGUAC